AAAAGAACCUACAAUAUUUAUUUGAAUAUUCGCUACCGAAUAUUACUCUUAUGUUGGACGAUAUUGUUGUUUAGAUUUUACUCUUCCCACAAAUAUGCCUACUAUCGGUGUGAAACGGGACUUGCUUUUCAAAGCAUUAGGAAAUACCUACACUGACGAUGAAUUUCAAUCAUUAUGUUUCAAAUUUGGUCUUGAACUGGAUGAAGUGACUACGGAGAAGCAAAUGAUUGCGAAAGAACAAGGCUCCGAUCACGUUGUAGAUGCUUCGGAUGAAAUCAUCUACAGGAUUGAUAUUCCAGCAAACCGUUAUGACCUCCUAUGCCUCGAGGGUCUAGUCAGUGGAAUUCUCGUAUUUUUAGAGAAAAAUCCACCACCUCGAUAUAGAGCAAUUGUACCUAAGAGCAAUUUACAUCAAAUCAUCGUUACUGAAAGUACUCUAAGCAUACGACGUUACGUUGUAGGAGCCAUACUAAGAGAUAUAACAAUAAACGAAGAUACCUACAAAAGCCUUAUCGAUUUACAAGAUAAGCUCCAUCAAAACAUCUGUCGCAAACGCAGCCUUGUGGCAAUAGGAACUCACGACUUGGACACAAUCCAGGGUCCUUUCACUUACGAUGCUAAACCUCCGAAGGAUAUUUCUUUCAAACCGCUAAAUCAACAAAAAGUAUACACAGGAGAGCAGAUCAUGGAUUUGUAUGCUAACCACCCACAGCUCAAGCAAUAUUUACCAAUCAUAAAGGACAGUCCUGUGUAUCCAAUUAUUUACGAUAGCAACGGUGUGGUAUUAUCAUUGCCUCCGAUCAUCAAUGGAGAUCAUUCUAAAAUUACUUUAAACACUAAAAAUAUUCUCAUUGAAUGCACAGCUACGGAUCUUACUAAGGCAAAUAUAGUCCUGGAUACACUGAUAUGUAUGUUCAGUCAGUAUUGCAAAGAAAAAUAUACAGCUGAAAAGGUAGAGGUGGUAUAUCCCAAUAAGACAAGAUUCCAAUACCCGAGUCUCGGUUAUCGAAAUGAAGAAAUCAAUUCAGAAAAAGCUACUGGCUAUAUCGGCAUUAAAGAAACGCCAAACAACGUUGCCCAGCUUCUUUCUAAAAUGUGUUUGAAAACCAAAGUUGCAGACGACAAGUUGAUAGUUGAAAUACCUCCCACAAGGCACGAUGUCAUACAUGCUUGUGAUAUCUACGAGGAUAUAGCUAUUGCCUACGGCUAUAACAACAUAGUAAAAACAUUGCCCAAAGGGUUGACGAUCGCAGAACAGUUUCCACUAAACAAAUUAUCCGAUCAACUGAGAGAAGAAGUUGCUCAUGCUGGAUUUACCGAAGCAUUGACAUUUUCUUUGUGUUCUCGGGAGGAUAUAUCUGAGAAAUUGAGACUUGGUAUCCAGGAUGUACCAGCAGUCCACAUUUCUAAUCCAAAGACACUAGAAUUUCAAGUUGCUAGGACCACAUUACUACCGGGACUUCUGAAGACUUUGGCUGCCAACAAAAAGAUGCCGUUGCCCCAAAAGUUAUUUGAAAUAUCCGAUGUGGUACUGCGUGAUUGUACAGCGGAAGUUGGAGCCCGUAAUGAAAGACGAAUUUGUGCAAUAAAUUGUAAUAAGUUUGCAGGCUUCGAAAUAAUUCAUGGUCUUUUAGACAGAAUUAUGCAGUUACUUGAAGUUCCAUGGAGUACGGCUAAAGAUUCAAAUGGUUACUACCUGCGUGCUGCCGACGAUCCAACUUAUUUUCCACAACGCUGUGCGGAAAUCGUGGUUUUCGGCGAGGUGCUAGGUAAGAUGGGGGUGAUUCAUCCGACAGUAAUUUCAAAUUUUGAUCUCAGCCUGCCUUGUUCGGCGAUAGAGAUUAACAUCGAACCUAUUUUGUAACCGUCGCACUGAUCGUUGAAUAAAAUGGUUUGAUACAGAGU